UUUUUUCCUCUGCAACCAAACCAAUUCGUUAACUGAAAACUUGUGACCGUCGCUUUUUCUCCUUUUCUUUUUUUCUUUUUUGCUUUUUUGCUUUUUUCUCCACCAACCAACAGCAGCAUGACGAGGCAGCCAUGAUUAAAAGUCGAUUCAGUUUUCACGAUGACUCUCUACGCUCUAGAUUUGUUUGGAUUAUUGCCUACGUUUUUGGCUGUAUUUCUGUUUGAUUUUUGGUCAAUGCCUUGUUGAGGGUUUCAAUUCUGCCGAACUUGUGAUUGUUUGAGAUUAUUUUUGGAUUUUUGCUUAGAUUUAGGUGAAGUUUUGUCGUAGUGCUUUUUGAGAUAAAGUAUUAGAAUUAUGGAUUGGGAUCUCUGGGGUCCGUCAUGUAGCCAAGUUGCACCUGAAAGCAGUUACCCUAUGCACCCUGGAUGGCAGUGUGACUUUUACUUUGGUUAUGGGCUUGAUGUCAUAGAAGAAGAUGCAUUAAAUGAGAAAUCAUGUGUACAAGUCCUGAGGGUAUUGAUAUCAAAGGCAGAUACUGAAAUUGAAGAGCUGGAAAAAGAUCUAGUAAUCCUUCAAAGCGAACUAGCCUGGGCUGAAAACAGAGAAUGGUCUGAAAUAUGCUCUACUUCUUUGAGAGAAAAGAUCAAUUGCCUUGAUAUUUCAAUACAGAGUUUAAAGAAUGAAAAUGAACGUGAUAUUAAUGUUCAUUUACUAAUGCGUAGAGAACCUGCUGAGAGAAUUCAUGAAAUAAUAAAGGUUCUACUCAGAAGAUACUGCCUAGAGAAUGAUGAGCAGGAGCAGCGUCCAGUUAUUAUCAUCAAACAGUCAAGCUCAGACACGCAGGAACAUGCAACUAACCUUUCAGAUGAGAAGAAAAAACUGAGCGACUUUGAUUCAAAUAUCAUUAAUGUGGGGAGGAAAGAGUCAAGUACUACUAUCAUAGAACGAUUUACAAUCUUCAAUUCAUCUUUGAAGCCUCAUGGAACAAAAGAAAAUUGUGCAGAAAUGGUUAAGGCUGCAAAUAUUACCAUAGAAAAUUCCGGCACAGAUACUUCUAAUCAAGAAUCUGGCUGCUCCAGUGAGAACAAGAAGUUUAGCAAUUCUUGUUUCAAAAUUACAAAAGAGGAAGUUCAACAUAGUUCUACUCCCACUCUUGAUAUUGUAAUCUUAGAAUCAUCUUUGAAGCCAGAAGGCAACAGGGGAGAAGUAGAUGAAAAGGCUGAGCCUUCAAGCAUAGUUGUGGAAGAUUUUAGUUUGGAUGCUUUGGAGCAUUCAAAUAACAACUCUGAUGAGAAGGGAAAACAGUGCAAGCUUAACACAAAAGACGAUCCUACUGUUACAGAUGAUUAUAAAAUCUUAAUUUCUUCUUUGAAGUCUGGAGGGAAGAGAAAAAAUUAUCAGAAAGUUGUUAAGCCUAGAAAUGUUGUGGAGAAUUCCAAUUCAGAUGCUGUAAGAUGCGAAAUUGGCCUUGAUGGGAAGAAAAAGUCAUACAAAUCUAUUUCCAGAUCAGAUGUUUUGACGCAAACAAAUAGUGGGGGUGCUGAUGUAAAGCCGAAAAUUAGCAACUUUCCUCUGAAAACUGUACAAGAAAAAACUGUCAAUGGAUCAAAGGUUGCUGCAUCCAACAAGAUCGAUUCUGCAAAAUCUUCUCCUAGGCCAGACAAGAAGAGUAUGACAGUCCAAGAAGCAGUUAUUAGUGAUAAUGAACACUCUGCUGUAAAUUCACUUUCAGAACUGCAAGAUCAAAUACAAAAAGAUACUACCAAGCUGCAUCCGGAGGAGGAAGGAAAACCACAAGCAGAGAAAAUCCAGAAGGCUAAAACUCUUGCUAAUGAUCAAGAAUCCAUUUUGUGCCCAUCCCUGAAGUCACCAAAACCAAAAGCCAAGAGGAAAAUCCAGUCAAAUCAGCUAAGUGUCCAAGAAGCAGGCUUACCUCCCACAGAAGGUGGUUUAAAUUCAUCUUCUGCUUCAAAAGUCAAGAGGAGACGAAAGUUUGGAAUCUCUAAAGAUAAUGCCAGCUUAAAGCAGUUGUUGGAUGUCAAGAUAUUGAAGAAUUUAGUUUUGCAAAACAGUUGUGAAGAUGAUGAACCUGAUUUAACCCCUGACGACAGUGAAAAUUCAGUUUUGUUGUCACAGAAGAGAAGUAUAAAGAGUUUAAAGUUGCCAAUCCUUAAGGAGCUUGAAGAUUCAACUACUUAUAACAAGUUAUCAAAAUUGCAUACAGAUACAACUGAUGGUGCUGGUAAGGAAGAUCUGUUGAUCAUCAACUCGUGCUCCAUUGAUGAUUCCCAUGAUGAGACCAUAAAAUCAUUGACUUGUCCAACACCAAGACGACUCAGUUUGGAAAAGAUGAAAUUAGUCGAUCUAAGGGCCAUGGCGAAGCAACACAAUAUGACAAAGUAUCAUAAGCUUCGAAAGGAUGCUCUUGUCCAACAAAUAGCUAAACAACUGGGCUGAUGCUAACAAAUUUUACAGGUGGGUGUACAUAAUGACCAUUUUUGUCUGGUUUCUUCCUUCUUUUGCUCUUUUUGGGCACUUUUCAGAUAUGAUACGGAAAUGUAGUGGCUCCAUUGUGUUUCACAUAGAAUUUCUAGGAUGGAUAUCCAUCAUUUAGAUAUGAAAAUCAAAGACCAUGGCAUGGAAGCCCCCAUCGCCACUGUUGUUACAGGGUCAGUGUUCUUUUCUCCAUUCUAAGUUGUUAUAGAGUCAGUUUUUAGGAUUUUGUGAAAUGAUGUUUAAGCUGUUAUUAUAAUGUUGAAAUGGUUGCCAGUUCUUAAAUGGCCCAUUCACAAUGGGGACAUUGUGUACAAAUGAAAUGUAAGAACCAAUGGAAAUUGCCCUUAAGGCUGUCCUAUACAGAACUCGCAAUUUGUUUUAGAUUUUAGCACAUGAUGAGGUGGUUAACAUAUCCCUUCUCUGCACUUGUAAAUUCAUUGUCAUGAGUUGGGAAGUUUGUAUUAUUAACUGAGAAGUCUUUGUUUCUUUUGGGCA